UCAAGUUUUACUUAAAAAAAAAAAAUUCAGUUAUUUUUCUACACACAUUUAUAAAGUAUUUUAGUAAUUUCUUAUUUCAAAUUAAUAAGUAUGAGUAGGAAAAUCAAUAGAGAAUACACGGAAUCUCUCAAGGACCUUUUAUUAAGUAUGGGUAUUCAAAGUAAAAAGGACUGGUUGGCUUACGUUGAAAAAAAUAAUGAAAAAGAAAACCUAGAGUCGAAAUCGACAGAAAAUAAAUUAAUCGAAAGCUCUGGAAUAAAUUUCGCAAAGAAUUCUGUAAAACCAAUCGAAUUUAUUUACCCUUGCAAGGAUAAAGAAUUCAGGAAGUAUGAACGCAUGCGAUUUAACAUAAGAAAAAUUCUGGAACCAACGUUACAGAAGGCGGAAGUUCCCAAGGAAAAAAAAGGGAUGUGCCGAUCUGUGGGUCGCUUUUUCUCAAUUAUUUUACAACAGGGACCAAUUGAGCACAUCAGUAACGUGGUUUUCGCCAUAUUUACAAUGAUCAAGACUGUAGUCUUGGAGGAUGACCGUCUGGGGAUCAAUGUUAAUUUGUCCCAGGAGAUUGGAAUUCGUUUACAUCCACCAUAUAUCGACGAGCCACUGACUGUAAUGUUGGAUAGAAUUGCCCUAAUGGGUUUCAAGGAACCGAAAAAGGCCCCGGAAAUUGACUCACUAUUAAAGAUGCCCAGUUCUUAACUUUAUACUAGAGAUACCAAAGAAUCAAGUCGACUCACAAAUAAAACGCUGCGAUUAUUGCACAAGUUCUAAUUCACCUCGUAACCAAGUUGGCUAUAUAAUAUGAAACGGUCGCGCCGCUCAUCGAUAUUACAUAUUUCCUUAUCAUUCAAGACGGCAUUUAGACGGACAACAGGACAUCAACACGGCGUGUUCCAGAAAGUUGUGGAAUAGAUUCGAGAAAUCUUUAUUUGUAUUUUUUGACCGCCUCUUAAUAAAAACAGCUUUGUAAUAAAAUUA